CGUCUUCUCCCGAGGAUGAGCCCGAAGAGUUGCUCAUCGCGGGAUUCUUCCCGACGACGUUGAACCUGAGCGAGGGCGCCAUCGGCCGCGGAGUCGUGCCCGCGGUCAACCUGGCGCUGCGACACAUCAACAGCAGUCCGCACUUCUUGCCGGGCUACAGGCUCGACAUCAUCUGGAACGACACUCAGUGCGACCCAGCGGUGGGCAUGAAGGCCCUGUUCGACAUGAUCGACAAGCGGCCAAAGAAACUGGUGCUGUUCGGCGCAGCAUGCAACGCCGUCACCGACCCCAUCGCCAAGGCGUCACAGUUCUUCCAGCUCGUACAGCUGACGUACGCCGACACGCACCCCAUGUACACCCUGGAGAACUACCCCAACUUCUUCCGGGUGGUGCCGUCCGAGUCCGUGUUCAACCAGGCCCGGGUCGCCCUGCUCAAGCACUUCAACUGGACCCGGGUCGGAACGCUGUACCAGACCAAUCCACGAUACGCACUGCCGCACAGCCGCCUGCUGACAGUGCUUGACUCGGCGAACAUCCAGAUCGACGAGGUGCAGGGCAUCGGCGAGGGAGACGACAUCGAGCACGAACUCGAAAAGCUCAAGGAAAAAGACGUUCGCAUCAUUUUGGGCAACUUUGACGAGUUCUGGGCCCGGAAGGUUUUCUGUCAGGCCUUCAAGAUGGGCAUGUACGGCCGCAAGUACCAGUGGCUCAUCGGGGCCAUGUACGCCGAGCGCUGGUGGGAGACGCCGCAGCCGGAUGUGUCGUGCGAGCCGGCGCAGAUCGUCGAAGCCGUGGAGGGUUACAUCGGCACCGACCUGUUGCCCCUCAGCACCAGCGAGAACAUCACCGUCUCCGGCCUGACGCCGACGGAGUACGAGGCGGAGUACAACCUGAUGCGCUCCAACGAGUACUCGCGCUUCCAUGGCUACGCGUACGACGGCAUCUGGGCGCUGGCGCUCUCCAUCCACGCGGUCAUCGUGCGGCUGCGGGCCAACGACACGCGCAUCUCAGAGUUCGACUACCGCAAGCAGUGGUGGGGCCGCAUCUUCAAGGAGGCGCUGAACGAGACCAACUUCAUCGGCGUCACGGGCCCUGUGCGCUUCUUUCGCAACGAACGCAAGGGCCAGGUCCUCCUGAAGCAGUUUCAAAAAAAUCAAGAGGUGAAGAUCGGCGAGUACGACUGUCUCACAGAGACCCUGGACUUAACCAAGGGCCUCCCCAUCAUCUGGCGAGGCGGCUCUGACCCGCCCAUGGACAGGACGCUGAUCGUGAUCCAGAGGACGCGCGUCAACCUCACCAUCUACGCCAGUCUGUGCAUCUUCUGCGUCCUAGGGAUCAUACUAGCCUCGGUGUUCCUCGUCAUAAACAUCAAGUUCAGGAACCAGAGGUACAUCAAGAUGUCCAGCCCAUACCUGAACAACCUCAUCAUCGUGGGCUGCAUUCUCACUUACACCAGCGUCAUCCUCCUGGGAAUGGACUCUGGUUUCACCUCGGUCGCCAACUUUCCAUACAUAUGCGCGGCGCGGGCCUGGGUCCUCAUGUCAGGCUUCACGCUCGCGUUCGGCGCCAUGUUCAGCAAGACUUGGCGAGUGCACGCAAUCUUCACGAACAUAAAGCUCAACAAGAAGGUGAUCAAGGACUACAAGCUGUUCAUGGUGGUCGGGGUGUUCCUGAUGCUAGACGUCAUCAUCCUGACCACGUGGCAGAUCCUGGAUCCCUUCUACCGCGAGGCGCGUCGUGGACAGCCUGUGGCGUCGCAAGGCAACGAGGACGUGUCGGUGAUUCCAGAGAUGGAGUUCUGUCAGAGCCACAAGAUGACCAUCUUCCUGGGCUCAAUAUACGCCUACAAAGGACUGCUCAUGGCGUUCGGCUGCUUCCUGGCGUGGGAGACCCGCCACGUGAGCAUACCGGCGCUCAACGACUCCAAGUACGUGGGCAUGAGCGUGUACAACGUGGUCAUCAUGUGCACCAUCGGCGCGGCCAUCUCGUUCGUGCUGCGCGAACAGCAGGACGCCGCGUUCAUCAUACUCAGUGUCAUCAUCUUCUGUUCCACCACGCUCUGCCUCGUGUUUGUACCCAAGCUUGUGGAGCUUCGGCGCAACCCGCAGGCCGGCGAACACCGCGUUCGGGCCACCCUGAAGCCGCUGAAGAAGUCGAGGCGCGAUUCGGACGACGAAAGCCUCUUCACCAGGAUCAAAGUACUGCAGGAUGAGAACAUGCGCUGCAGGCAGCGACUAGAAGAAAAAAACAUUGAGUUGCAGUCAUUAUUGUUGAAGCUAAAAGAUGUAGAGCCGGUGAUAGUCGUCACGCAUGACGCCAUUACGACGAUUCCAGAAGUAAGCUCACCUUCCCAACUCGAAACCUCAGAGCGUGCAGAAAAUAGCAAAGAGGAUACGACGUCAAUAAUCUCCAUCAGGUCUGUAACUGAAGAGGACAGUUUCAUGGAGAUAUCGGUGAAAAGGAAGCUCUCGACGGCGUCGCUUCAGGGCAGCCCGGCCGCCCUGGCCGCCAUGGGUCGCGGCGGAGGAGCCAGCCGGCAGCAGCGCAGCGGUAGCGUCCAGCUGCGCCUUCACGCAGCAGCACCACCACCAGCACCACCAAGCAGCCCGCGGCACCGUCUGCAGGAGUCGCACCACCGCCACCCUCGCCAACGGGCUCGCCCUGCACGCCGACAGGGCCGCCUCCUCGGACGGUGGGUAUUAAUCGCCCCUUCCUGUAACGCCUGA